AUGGCUCCAAAUGAAACCCUGGCGUUCACAUUUUUAUCUAUUUCCGGUCAAUUUCGGAAGUACUUUCACAUAAACGAGGGGACGGGGAUUAUUUCGUUGACGUCAUCUAUUGAUAGAGAGAAAGUUUGCACUUCAGCUGAAACCCUUGACUGUUUUGUUAAGACAUCCGUGGCCCUCCGAUCCGGAAUAUCCCUGCAAAUUUUCAAAGUCCUCCAGCACAUAACCGACAUAAACGACCAUUCGCCAGCCUUCCCGGUUCAAUCCCAUCACAUCGAAAUUUCCGAAUCCGCCGAUCCGGGCACAUCUUUUACGAUUCCCGACGCUGUAGAUAAGGAUAGUGGCAACAACGGAUUGGUGGGAUAUAAGUUG